UUCGUGACAAACGACGGUGUUUUGAAUCUAGUAUUUUUUUCUGUAUGUAAUAUGAAUAUUCGUGGCGUUUUUUGGCGCCCGGUCGCUUGUUGAUCGACACAGCUCCGGCUACUGGACCAUUGGGACAUUCUGAAAGCCGUGGAACUAGCUAGUGUCUGUAUGACUGCAGGCUUGAGGAGAGGUCUUGGAUGCGCCAGUACGGGAUAGUUCGGAAAUAUUCGUACAGAUUGACUGCUGAAGGUCAUAUGAGCAACAGGGAUGGCUUUGCGUCGCGCAUCUAAAACAAUAUACAGUUCAUGCUGCCUUUUUUUCUACUGACAUUGGCAUAGGUUCCUUUAAGUUUUUUUCCGCGACAGCUACUGAGAAAUAUCCUAUGCGCACUGCGAAGAUUUUAAAAGCACACCGUCUGCGACUCUGUUUCGGAUUAAACCGCCGUCAAAUGAACGACGCUGAAACAUAUAUACAUGGGAUAUUCUGCAUAAUUUAAUCGCUUUUUGAAUUGAUGGAAAAACGUUCGGCGUGAUGGGUUUCCUCUCACUUUACUGACAUCAGAAAAGGACAUUUUCACAAUGGGAAAAAUCAAAGGAUCUAUACCUUUGCAGGUUCUCUUCUAUGCUACAUUAAUUCGGAGCUUAAAGGUUGUAUCCAAAAGAGGUUCAGUGGACGGCUGUACUGACUGGUCAGUGGACUACUUAAAAUACAAAGUUUUUCUUGGUGAACCAGUGAGGAUUAAAUGUGCAUUGUUUUAUGGAUAUAUUCGAGCAAACUAUACCCACGCUCAGAGUGCCGGCCUCAGCUUGAUGUGGUACAAAAGUGCGGGCCAUGGGGAUUUUGAGGAGCCCAUCACCUUUGACGGGAUCAGAAUGAUCAAGGAGGAGGAUUCCAUCUGGUUUAGACCAACUGAAUUGCAGGAUGUUGGUCACUACUCUUGUGUGCUACGAAAUUCCACAUACUGCAUGAAAGUGUCCAUGUCGCUAACUGUGUCUGAAAAUGACACAGACCUGUGCUAUAAUUCUAAAAUGAAGUAUUUGGAGAAGGCUGAAUUGAGCAAAGGGAAAGACAUCCUCUGUCCUGACAUAGAUGACUACAUCCAGCCUGGCAAGGACCCAGAGAUCGUAUGGUAUAAGGAGUGUAAACCGAAAAUGUGGCGACAAAGCAUCGUCAGAAGGAAAGAUAAGCUUUCAAUUUAUGAAGUGAAAGAAGAUGACAUUGGAAAUUACACUUGUGAAUUAACAUUUGGAAACUUUCUGGUUCGAAGAACCACUGAACUGUCAGUCACAGCUCCUUUGACCGACAAACCUCCAAAGAUCCUCUUUCCGGCUGAAAACAAGAUGAGUAUCAUGGAGAUACAGUUAGGCAGUCUGGUGAACCUGACAUGCCGAGCGUUCUUUGGCUACAGCGGCGACGUGAGCCCGCUCAUCUACUGGAUGAAGGGCGAGAAGUUCAUUGAGGACCUGGACGAGAGCCGGAUUCGAGAGAGCGAAAUCAAGACUCUGCGGGAGCACCUGGGAGAACAGGAAGUGUCCAUCUCUCUGACCAUAGAUGCCUUAGAAGAAAAUGACCUGGGCAACUACACCUGCUUUGUGGAGAAUGGGAAUGGCAGACGACAAGCAAACGUCUUGCUCACCAAGCGCGCAGAGCUCAUGUACACAGUGGAGCUGGCCGGUGGACUGGGUGCUAUUCUUCUCUUGCUCGUCUUCCUGGUCACCCUGUAUAAGUGCUACAGAAUUGAGCUCAUGCUCUUUUAUAGGAACCACUUUGGCAGCGAGGACGGAGACGGCGAAAAUAAGGACUAUGAUGCAUAUUUGUCCUACACUAAAGUGGAGCCAGAGCAGUGGAGCCAAGAGACCAGAGAGGAGGAACGUUUUGCCCUGGAGAUUCUUCCUGAUGUUCUGGAGAAACAUUAUGGGUAUAAACUCUUCAUUCCAGACAGGGAUUUGAUUCCUACUGGAAGUUUCGCCAAUGAUCAUUUCCAGGAUGACACGAGACUCCUUAGAGCCUACAUCGAAGACGUCGCGCGCUGUGUGGACCAGAGCAGACGGCUCAUCAUCGUCUUGACACCGAGCUACGUGGUGCGGCGUGGCUGGAGCAUUUUCGAGCUGGAGACGCGUCUGCGCAGCAUGCUGGCGAGCGGCGAGAUCAAGGUGAUCUUGAUCGAAUGUGCCGAGCUGCGAGACACCAUCAACUACCAGGAGGUGGAGGCGCUUAAGCACACCAUCAAGCUGCUCACCGUCAUCCGUUGGCCUGGGCCCGAGGGCAGCAAGAUCGGAAGCAAGUUCUGGAAGCGGCUACGUUAUGAGAUGCCGUUCAAGCGGCGUGAGCGAGCACUCUCGCACGAGCUCUCGCAUGAGCUCUCGCACGAGCAAGCACUGGAUGCUGGCGAGCUGCAAAGCGUCUCGGCUCUCUCCAUGGCUGCGGCGGCGUCCACGGCUGUGGCCACAGCACGCCCCGAGCUGCGCUCCACCUUCCGCAACAGCAGCUGCCACGCCCCGCUCGGACAGAAACACUACUACCGCAGCUAUGGGUAUGACAUGCCACCGCUGGCGACGCUGCCCGCUCAUCAUACCUACUGCAACAUCCCUAUGACUCUGCUGAACGGACAGCGCACACAGGGCAAAGCACAGCGCACCGAGCAGCAGCAACAGCUGGAGGAGCAGCACGCCAAUAACGCCAUGCUGCCGCUGCUUCCACGUGAGACAAGCAUCUCCAGCGUCAUCUGGUGACACCUUCUGGUCCCAGAAAAGGACCGUAUUUUUUUGUUUGUUUGUUUGUUUCUUUCUUUUUUUUUUGUUAGCAACAGUCUUUAAAACCUUGUUGAUACCUUUCCUAGUAAUGUAAGCGAUAAGAAAAAUGACAAACACCGGUUUAUAGGGACUCCUGUUGCUGCUGUUGAACUUAACAUAAACAAAAUGAGACGUCCAGGAGCACUGGGCCUGAAUAUGUUUCAGGUGAUAAGGUGCGAGUGCAAAGGUCUACAAAAAAAAAAAGCAGAGAAGCUGCGGCGUUUCAGACACACACACACACACACACACACUGAUACUUAAGGAAUACAGGGUCUUGUACAUAUGUUUUCUACAAAGUUUCUUUGUAGCAUUGGUAUUUUUUUUUUCAGUCAGUACAUUUCUGUUUCUUUUACUU